AUGCACAGACAUUUGCUUAGUCUACAGGUGUGUUUCUUGUAAAGUGUGUACUUUGUGUUUUACUUUAUAGUUCACUGUCGGAUUGAGAUAUCUGUAUGUUUCUUAUUGUCCUGGCGCUAAGCAAGGUCCUAUCAACAACCAAUAAAGUAUUCUACAUUCUCUGUAGGAUGCCAUUCUCAUUGUUUUUGGCCAAUAACCUAUUAUAUAUUCUAUUGUUCUGUAGGAUUCCUUCCUCAAUGCACUGAAGGAGGCAGGAGACAAGCUGGUGGUGGUGGACUUCACAGCCACCUGGUGCGGCCCCUGCAAGAACAUUGCUCCCUUCUUCAAAGUGAGUGGUCCACCAACCUAGAGAAAUCUGUCUGCACCUGAAAUGGCAACCUAUUCCUUAGUACAUGACUUUUGACAGGGUCCAUAGGUCCACUAUAUAGGGAAUAGGGUGCCAUUUCAGAUGCAGAAUAUACACUAAGGGACACCCCUUCAAAUUAGUGGAUUUGGCUAUUUCAGCCACAUCCGUUGCUGACAGGUGUUUUUAAAAUUUAGCACACAGUCAUGCAAUCUCCAUAGACAAACAUUGGAAGUAGACUGGCCUGUACUGAAGAGCUCAGUGACUUUCAACGUGGCACCGGCAUAGGAUGCCAUGACUUUCCAACAAGUCAGUUUGUCAAAUUUCAGCCCUGCUAGAGCUGCCCCGGUCAACUGUAAGUGCUGGUGUUUGAAGUGGAAACGUCUAGGAGCAACAACGGCUCAGUCGUGAAGUGGUUUGGGCUAGGCCCCUUAGUUCCAGUGAAGGGAAAUCUUAACGCUACAUACAAUAACAUUCUAGAUGAUUCUGUGCUUCCAACUUCGUGGCAACAGUUUGUGGAAGGCCAUUUCCUGUUUCAGCAUGACAAUGCCCCUGUGCACAAAGCGAGGUCCAUACAGAAAUGGUUGGUUGAGAUCGGUGUGGAAGAACUUGACUGGCCUGCACAGAGCCCUGACCUCAACCCCAUUGAACACCUUUGGGAUUAAUUGGAACGCUGACUGCGAGCCAGGCCUAAUCGCCCAACAUCAUCAAUGCUCUUGUGGCUGAAUAGAAGCAAGUCCCCACAGCAAUGUUCCAACAUCUCGUGGAAAACCUUCCCAGAAGAGUGGAGGCUGUUGUAGCAGCAAAGGGGGGACCAACUCCAUAUUAAUGCCCAUGAAUUUGAAAUGAGAUUUUCGACCAGCAGGUGUCCACAUACUUUUGGUCAUGUAGUGUAUGUCUAUCUAUGUGUCCAUCAUGUUAUUUUAGGUGUCCCUAGGGUCAUUCCACCUCAAAACGCUCAAGAAAGAGGAUUUAGACACCCAUCUCAGAUUGUUCUCAAAUCAUUUGUUAGAAAAGAUAAGAUUAGCAUUCCUGCAACAUUAUUUUGUUGAAAUAUAAUUUGAUCUCAGAGAAAUUAAGCCAAUUGAUUGCACCCAAAUUGGUCAUUUUAAUUGAUAGGAUUCAUAUAAUAUUCAAUAAAUAUAGUACCUAAGAUCUGAUUUGGACCAAACUUUUUUUCUAUCAAUGAGUUGGACAUGAGGAAUCCAAAGAAAUUGUCAAAAGCCACCCAUGGACCCCCCCCCCCACACACACACACCCCAUGCCAUUAUAUGAAUCUUAAAUUAAAAUUGCCAAUUUGGGUGCAAUCAAUUAACUUCAUUGCUCAGAUGAAAUUAUAUUUCAAUAAAAUGUUGUAGUAGUGCUAAUCUUAUCUCUUUCUAACUACAGAAACAAUUUCAGAACAAUCGGAGAUGGUGGGUGUCAUGGUUCGCUGAAAUGACAUGGAACGACCGUCUAGCCUCUGCUAGCUGUCUGAUAAAUGCCAGUGAGAGGCCUCAUGCCAAGUGGGAGUUAUCUGAAGGGGUUGGCCUGAGCCAGAGAUAUAAUGGGAAAACCCUGGGUGCAUCCCAAAUGCCACCCUAGUCCCUACAUAGUGUUCUACUUUUGACCAUGGUCCAUAUGGGCUCUGGUCAAAGUAGUGCCCUGAAUGGGGUGGCAUUUGGAACACUGACCCUGUCUCUGACUGAGCCGUGUGUUUGGUGUCAUCUUGGUGACCGCCGGGAAAGCCUCCUCCAGGACUCGGCGCCUUGCGCUUAUCAAGUGAAAGGCCCAUAAUAUGGUCUCUAAACAGAAUGCUAAUGAUCGAUGAUGAAUCAAAAGCCCACUGACGAUGUUGUCCAGCAAAACAUUUAGAAAUGAAACGGAAAACCAAAAUGGGUGUUUCCUAUUGGACAACUCCAGGUAGUUCCUCGCUGUUUCAGUCCAUUUGAACACGACUUGGGGCAUUAUGGCUUGGGGCUAAAUGAAGCAUGUUAACACCACUACCACAGCUGUAGAUGUGAUACUGCUGCCUGCAACCCAUGUUACACUGAUCCAAAGGAUGCAUUGUCACCUCUGAAACUCUUAUUACAUGGCACUAGUGGUAGUGUAAGUAAAAAAUCAAUGGUGUGUGUCCUCUAUCAAUACCCCUUUUUGUAUGUUAUGUAUAUAUCUAUGAGCAUGAGCUGCUAUGCCCAAGUCAUCUGGUUGACACUAUACAGUACAGUAUUAGGCCUGUUUUUCCAUUGGUGAUGUUUAGCUGAUCCAUGACCUUUUAACCUCUGCUCUCUACUUCUGUACAGGGGCUGUCGGAAAAACCAGAGAACAAAAAUGUGGUUUUUCUCAAGGUGGACGUCGACGAGGCAGCGGUGAGUCACAUAGCUGUGUGUGUUAAAUCCACAAAUAUUGGACGACUGUUCUUCCUUGUUGAAAGAGCUUGGAACAUCAUGGACUGAACGUUAGAAGUGAUGGAAUGCAGCCAGUGGUUUUGGGAUGGCUAUCAGAUUGUCUGUCUGUAAAUACAGUGCUAACGGCAGAGUUAGUGUGUAUUUGAAUACAGAUUAGGGAUGUGAACGUUUAAAUGAAAUUGGGAUAAUUUAAACGUUUUUAAGAGAUCACAAAUGGAAAAACAUUGAACUCUUUUCACCCGUGAGGGACCUGCCUAUACUGUGCCCCUCCCCUCUCUCUCCAUCCCUCACUAGCUUGCUAUGAACGAUGGGAGUGUUUGUUGUCGGAAGUAUGGCAACUAAUCAAAUACUGAAUCUUAGGAAUCAACCCUAGCGGAAUCGAAUCUUGACACUCAGAAAUGAGAGUCGACACCGGGAGUCGAUGUGCAAGGAGUCGAGGAAUCAAUUAUUUUGGAGUCGACUCUCCACCACUACAUCGCCGUCGUUAACUUGGAAAAAUGGCAGAGAAAGGCAAGCUACAGCAGCGAAGUCUUGUAUAGCAAUACUUUAAGAAGUUAAGUGAGAAGGAAAUGCAAUCUUUGCGAGGUGGAAUUGAGGUACAGUAAUGUUAGUACAGGUGCAAUACUUAACCAUCUGAAAAGGGACACAUCGUGAGACCCAAACCGUUGCUGGCAGCAGCGCAGCUGCAUUGUGAAUUGCCGUGGAAUUUUAUAUCUAUUUUUUAAAAUCGUUUUAACGAGAAUCGAAAUGGAUGGAUGGAUAUCUAUCGAUCUAUUUUUAUUGUCAUAUCCCUAAUACAGAACUCUUUGUAAAGCGAGAUGACUUGCCUAGUACCAUUUGAAUAGACCUCAAAUGUGUAUGUUGUCCUAUUAGGUAACCACACUAGGCUCACUUGCAGUGUGAGAGAUGAUCAUUUAGUUAGGAAUAGUGGUGGGGAGUCGACUCCAAAAUAAUCCUCGCCCGUCGAAUCCCAUUUCUGGGUGUCAAGCUUCGGAAUCGACUCCUCAACUCCUAAGAUUCAGUAUUUAUGCAACUGAGGAACCUACACAAACUAUAGCAUGUUUUACAGCAAAGAAGAGCCAGCUAGCGAGGGGAAAGAGCGAGAUGGGAGGGCAUGUCGGCUACCAGGCAGACAGUCAGAACCAUACAUCGGUAAUCAAGAUGUAGGCUGUAGGCUGUCACAGUGAUGUAUUUCGCAAUUUCUUGGCUUGCAAUGUCUCUCUCAAGUUCACCAUCAAUGAGUAGGCUGAGCUAUUCUACACGCAACAGCUCGAACACCAACACACGCUACCGUUUUUUUCAUAGCGAAGAGAAAGGGCAGGCGAGGGAGAGCGGGGAUCCGGGCAGGCCGACAGGCCGUCGGAACCGUGCGCAUAGACACAGUUUACCAAGAUCUAUCCGAUCUCACAAUGUCUUGUCUAGCAAUGCCUCGUAAAUUCACUAAAAGUAUAUUAAAGUGUAGGAUUAGGCUAUCAAUGAGUAUGGCUAAUGCCUUGAUCACACCUACAGGGUUAUUGCGCAAAAUGGUAAGCAGCAUCAUCUGGAUAUGUGUGCAACAUAAGUUCCACAUUCACCUUCUGCUACCAUUUCUGUCAAGCCGUCUACGCAUACAGUUUGACGCAUACGUUCGCUAAAUCCAACGUAUGCAACACACAGAACGCACUGCAACUACCUCUGCAACGCAAUGCUGCAAGGCAAACGCAAGAGUUCCAUUGGAAAUGAAUGUACUUCUGGUGUACCAAAAUGCAAUACACUAUCUUUGUGAUCGAGGCGUGAACUAGUCUUCAUAGUGCCAGUGAAUUGAAGUUGAACAUCGCUAAGGCCUAAAAGACAAUUAGUUUUAUUGCACAAUCUUAUUUAAUGAAACCCUGGCUGGCUGUUGAUGUCCUAGGUCAUGGCUGUCCAACCCUGUUCCUGGAGAGCUACCUUCCUGUAUUUUUUUUUUUUUUGUGGCUUCAACCGCAGUUGUAACGAACUUGAUUUUUAAGCUUAUCAACCAGCUAAUGAUUUAAUCAGAUGCGCCAGAUUAGGGUUGGAGUGAACCUACAGGAUGGUAGCGCUCCACGAACAGGGUUGGAGAGCCCUAUCCUAGGCAUUAGAUCGCAAAGCAGGACAUCCCCGCCAAACUUUUUGGAAAUGGCAAGUUCACUUGCAAAUAGGGUUCAGCAGCUGAAAUCCGCAGGAUGUGCAUUGUUAUUAGGAAGGAAGUCUACCAUGGAUCCUAAACAAUUCUCUCCAAUUGUAAUAUUGUGGGGACACCUAUACAUUUGGCAACCAAGAACCAGUUAUCAGUGUAGCCUAUUGUCAUCUAGACAUGGCGUUGAGAUCUCUUCACGCCUACAGUAAAAAACCUCCAGGUUUCCGUCAGAGGGGUCAAUACAAUUUGUAAAAAAUUAAGAAAUAAAGGGGGCAGUUUUUAUUUUAUUUUUAUGCCUCCCCUAUAUGGAGCGGAGUGUGUGUAAGUCAAAUCAUUCACUUUUGCAGUUGGUAAAGACUAAUCCUGUGUGAAUCGUCCUCCGGAAUAACGCACAUGCUUGGAUAAUAAUUACAUAACCAACUUCUCUAGUAAUACCUGUCCGACUAGGACUGUAACAUAGCAAAGAAUAGGCUCAGCGUAGAGUGCCCUGAAAUUAUCCCAUGGGCUCCGUCAAGGAUGCACACUGCAGAAAUAUCACUGAAAUAUUCUUGUUCUUACAUGUCACCUUCUACAGUGAGGGGAAAAAAGUAUUUGAACCCCUGCUGAUUUUGUAUGUUUGCCCACUGACAAAAAAUGAUCAGUCUAAUUUUAAUGGUAGGUUUAUUUGAACAGUGAGAGACAGAAUAACAACAAAAAAAUCCAGAAAAACACAUGUCAAAAAUGUUAUAAAUUGAUUUGCAUUUUAAUGAGGGAAAUAAGUAUUUGACCCCCUCUCAAUCAGAAAGAUUUCUGGCUCCCAGGUGUCUUUUUAUACAGGUAACGAGCUGAGAUUAGGAGCACACUCUUAAAGGGAGUGCUCCUAAUCUCAGCUUGUUACCUGUAUAAAAGACACCUGUCCACAGAAGCAAUCAAUCUAUCAGAUUCCAAACUCUCCACCAUGGCCAAGACCAAAGAGCUCUCCAAGGAUGUCAGGGACAAGAUUGUAGACCUACACAAGGCUGGAAUGGGCUACAAGACCAUCGCCAAGCAGCUUGGUGAGAAGGUGACAACAGUUGGUGCGAUUAUUUGCAAAUGGAAGAAACACAAAAGAACUGUCAAUCUCCCUCGGCCUGGGGCUCCAUGCAAGAUCUCACCUCGUGGAGUUGCAGUGAUCAUGAGAACGGUGAGGAAUCAGCCCAGAACUACACGGGAGGAUCUUGUCAAUGAUCUCAAGGCAGCUGGGACCAUAGUCACCAAGAAAACAAUUGGUAACACACUAUGCCGUGAAGGACUGAAAUCCUGCAGCGCCCGCUAGGUCCACCUGCUCAAGAAAGCACAUAUACAGGGCUAUCUGAAGUUUUCCAACGAACAUCUGAAUGAUUCAGAGGAGAACUGGGUAAAAGUGUUGUGGUCAGAUGAGACCAAAAUUGGAGCUAUUUGGCAUCAACUCAACUCGCCGUGUUUGGAGGAGGAGGAAUGCUGCCUAUGACCCCAAGAACACCAUAACCACCGUCAAACAUGGAGGUGGAAACAUUAUGCUUUGGGGGUGUUUUUCUGCUAAGGGGACAGGACAACUUCACCGCAUCAAAGGGACGAUGGACGGGGCCACAUACCGUCAAAUCUUAGGUGAGAACCUCCUUCCCUCAGCCAGGGCAUUGAAAAUGGGUCGUGGAUGGGUAUUCCAGCAUGACAAUGACCCAAAACACACGUCCAAGGCAACAAAGGAGUGGCUCAAGAAGAAGCACAUUAAGGUCCUGGAGUGGCCUAGCCAGUCUCCAGACCUUAAUCCCAUAGAAAAUCUGUGGAGGGAGCUGAAGGUUCGAGUUGCCAAACGUCAGCCUCGAAACCUUAAUGACUUGAAGAUCUGCAAAGAGGAGUGGGACAAAAUCCCUCCUGAGAUGUGUGCAAACCUGGUGGCCAACUACAAGAAACGUCUGACCUCUGUGAUUGCCAACAAGGGUUUUGCCACCAAGUACUAAGUCAUGUUUUGCAGAGGGGUCAAAUACUUAUUUCCCUCAUUAAAAUGCAAAUCAAUUUAUAACAUUUUUGACAUGUGUUUUUCUGGAUUUCUUUGUUAUUUUGUCUCACUGUUCAAAUAAACCUACCAUUAAAAUUAUAGACUGAUCAUGUCUUUGUCAGUGGGCAAACGUACAAAAUCAGCAGGGGAUCAAAUACUUUUUUCCCUCACUGUAUAUUCAAACAAAAUAGGCCGUUUUUAUAGGCUAAGUUGAUGAGCAAAUGGGCAGCAUCAUGCUCAUGUCAGUCCUCUAGAAGCAAAUGUAGGACUGCAAUAAUGAGGUGGUGUGUGCACAUCUGUUUUGAGAGUCAUGCAAGAGUCGACUCCAACUCCUGGUUAGACAGCUCUACAACAUUGUACUAAGUUGUUGCAGUAAACAGGGGUUGCUAUGGUUACAGCGAGUCGCUUUGUGUUGGGUAUUUGUGGGGGUUUCCAAGAUCUACUCAUUUGCUUUAUUACAGAAGGCUUGAGGCAUAGGCUGGACAGGUUUGUCCUAACUAAGUCCUUCCUUACUGGGUGUUACUCAACCACAUUGAUGUUUUUUUUUAUAGACUGAGACUGUUUUUGGACUACUACCUUCUUAUCAUAACUCCUUAUCCCCAUGGAUAAUGGGUUUAAAAAUCACCAUUCACUCUCUCUGUUACUGUAGGAUGUGGCCAAACACUGUGACAUCAAAUGCAUGCCUACAUUCCAUUUCUACAAGAAUGGGGAAAAGGUGAGUAUUUUCUUUUCAUGGAUCCUUUGCCUUUUUUUAUGACUAAUAAGACAGUGUUAGAUUUAGUAUAGGCCUAGUAGUAUAGUGUUUCUACUACUAUACUAGCCCAUGUUUUUUUGAAUAGUUGCUACAGUACAUUGAAAGUGAUGGUAACUUCUCCUGGUGUUGUUCCCAGGUGGAUGAAUUUUCUGGGGCCAACCAAGCCACGCUGGAGGAGAAGGUCAAUGCCCUGAGGUCAUGAGGCUAAUGCUGCCACACACUGAACCAAAACAACCACCAACCAUGUCUAUAAAACAUAUUCCAACUCCCUCUUGAAGGAAAUUCCACCAUAUUCCAACUCUCUCUCGACGGAACGAUUCCACCAUAUGUACAAUACAACGUUCCGUUUUAAAUCAAAAUGGCUAUAAUCUUACUUUUUUUUUCUAAAUGUUCAGACCAAACCAUGCCUCUAAACAUCCAGUGUAUGAGUAUUACGUCAUGUUAUUAUUCAGCUAAGGAGUUUCUCUUUUAAAAUGACCAUAUUAUAAACCUGUUUUUAUAUCUUAGAGCCAUGUUGUAUUGUUUGUAUUCUGUGUGGCUGCAGACAAUAAAUUUAAGAUUAAUGCUGAAA